AUGGCUGCUCGAUCUCUGCUCCACAGACACCGUCAACUUGCCCCUACAGCAGCAGUUUAUGUCAGCCCGCUUUGCCUCGGAGGAAUGGGCUUUGGUGAAGCUUGGGCAUCACGCAUGGGAGCCUGUCCCAAGCCCCAAGUCUUUGCCAUUCUUGACCACUUCUACGAGAAAGGUGGGAACUUCAUCGAUACUGCCAAUGCAUAUCAGAAUGAAGAGUCCGAGCAGUGGAUUGGAGAAUGGAUGUCCCUUCGAGGAAACAGAGAUGAGAUGGUCAUUGCAACCAAAUACACUGGAGCCUACCAGAACUACAAAGGAGCGAAUAUCCUCAAAACAAACUACGGCGGCAACGGCUCCAAAUCCCUCAAACUCUCCCUCGAAGCCUCUCUCAAGAAGCUCCAAACCAGCUACAUCGACCUCUUCUACGUCCACUGGUUCGACUUCAGCACCAGCAUCCCCGAACUAAUGCUCGCGCUCAACGACCUCAUCACCUCAGGCAAAGUCCUAUACCUCGGUGUCUCCGACAGUCCCGCUUGGGUAGCCGCCAAAGCCAACCAAUACGCGCGGGACCACGGCUUGCGCCAGUUCAGCGUGUAUCAGGGACUGUGGAACGCUGCUACGAGAGAUUUUGAGCGGGAGAUUGUGCCGAUGUGUAGGGAUGAGGGGAUGGGGAUACUGGCUUAUGGGACGCUUGGGAAAGGGAUGUUUCAGAGUGAGGAGGCGUUUAAGGAGCGCGAGAAGGAGAACCCGGGGAGGAAGAUGCUGCCUCCUAGUGAGGUUGAGAAGAAAGCCUCGAAGGUGCUGGAGGUUGUUGCAGAGAGGAAGCAGUCAACUAUCCAGGCUGUGGCCAUGCAGUAUAUCAUGCACAAGGCACCGUAUGUGUUCCCGCUGAUUGGUGGGAGGAAGGUCGAGCAUCUUCAGGGAAAUAUCGAGGCGUUGGGGUUGGCUCUCGAUGAUAAGGACAUGGAGGAGAUUGAUGUGGCGUACGGGUUCGAGCAUGGAUUUCCGCAUGAGUUCUUAAGUGGUGAUCACUUUUCUCAUGGUGCUCCUUCAAAGAUGGCUGCUGGCCCGCAGGAUGUCUGGUUGACGAAGAUGUUGGGUGCGAUUGACUUUGUUGAGCCGCUCAAGGCCAUCACGCCGAGUGCCGAGAAGGUGGAAACGGAUAAAAAAGCGCAGGAGGCAGUACAAGAAGGGUUGAAGUUCACGAAGGAGAAGAAGUAGAUAGCCUCAACUUCUGACAGUUAGCUCAUACUGGUCCAGACCAGUAUAAACAGAAUAUCCUCUCGCAAUUAUUGGAUCCAGCGAUUCAUCUCAUUACUGUCAUCGAAAUAGGCCCAGACCAGACGAAAAUUCAGCUACAAGCUGAUUG